AUGCAGAGUCCUCCGAUAGAUUUGGUAUCGGCGCGAUGCGUAGCGCUCUGUGUGUGUGUGUGCGUGAAUGCGCGCGUGUGUGCACUCGUAUCGUACACUGACACGUCUGUGUGUGCGUCGGGCGCCGCGCACGCGCCCACCGUCCGACUAUUUACGCCGGCGCCCCCUACCACCGCGGCCACUCAUGCGCCGCGCAACCCACAGUACACACGUGCACCCCACCACAGAACGACGCGGCGGCCCCAGUGCUGUCGUCCAACGCCACAAGCAUCAGUUACCACUCCACCAUCGACCACGGAGAGGGACGCCCGCCAUGUGCCAUGUUCUCGCAUCGGUCGCAGCCUCAGCCGUUAUCUGUCCAAUAUGGUGAGAGGGGCGGCGUUGGCGAUUACGCUAGCGCUGGCAUGGGCCACGCAGGCCAGCGUACUCGUGCCCACAUACGUGUUGCCGCCCGACUCGUUCGUACGAGAUCAGCGCAGCCUGGGCCCGCCACCCGAUUCGGACGCGGCGGCCGCCCACCGCUCCGUCAAACGGCUCGUCGGCGGCCACAUGAAAAUCAAACACGACAAGGAGCACACCGCAUCCAAGAACUACAUCGCGCACGACGGCAAAACCGAGAGCGGAAAGUUCGCCGGUGUGCUAGCGCCCGAACAGCCGGGCGGCAGCAACGUGGGCUGGAACCAGGGCAUCUGGGACGAUGGCAUGCUCAUGUCCAGCGCUGGCGAAGGCAAGGACGCCGGCAAGGUGAAAGAGGACGACGAAGAGAAGAAAACACUGUCCGAUCAGGUGGCCGAGGGAAAGUAUGGCUUGAUACAGAACGAAAUAUUCGCCAGAGCGCCAAAGCGGCCGGGCAUCGUUAGCUACGAGCCGAACACGGAGACGAGAUCCAAAGACAAUCUCCAAAGCCUUGGAGGGCUGAAGAAAGACGAGAUAUGGCUCGCGGAGGAUCACCUUUUAGUCCUCAAAGGAGGAUCGUUCCCAGAGCGUACGAAGGAAACGGAACGAAAACCUUGGCCACCGAUCGAUAGCUAUGAAGCACCAAGAAGGCAAGUAAAACUCCCACAGAAACCAAAGGUACCACCGCCCUUUCCGGUACGCCUCUCCGACAACGGACCGCUCGUCUUCCUUACGCCAAACGGCAGCGUCCCCGCGUCCCUUUUCCCUCCCUUCCCUACGGGAGAGGGCGAUGGCCCUCUACCACCACCGCCAUUCCUCUUCGCAGCGGGAGCGCCCUACGCCCCGGGUGAUAAUCAGAGAAACAUUACUGCCGGGGGAGCGUCGCCGCCAAAUCCUCCGUUCCCAUUCCUACCCGGGAAUGCGAGCGAAGGACCCUACCCCUUCCCCCCAUCCAUGAACGGCUCUUUUCCAGAAGGCUUUCCUCCGGGCGCAGCGUUCCUACCACCACCGGGAAACCAAACAGACCUGUACGACGAAGACGACCCUUCGAUCUACUAUCCGCCGCCUUACAAUUUUUCCUACCACUCUGAGUACAACAACAGCGUACCCGCGGGACCGCUGGUGCCCGGAAUUAUACUGCCACCACCACCCGAUUUCUUCGCCCCGGAAGAAACAACAACCACCACGGAACCAGUCCAAACCAGGCGACCGGAUACAACCUAUACCACUUACUCGAGACCGAAAUCUAUUAGAAAACAAACAACACCACCAUCUGUUGUGUAUAGACGUAAGUACAAAACUAGACCAACAUCGACAGAAUCGACUAGAACAACUGAGGCGCCUACCACGUCACAAACCCCACCGCCGACAGAAAUUGUAACCACGCCAAAAGACAGAAAAGAACAGCGUGUCGUCCCACAACCGCCCAGAAACCCAAUCAGGGUACAAAAUUUACCAGAUGAAGUAACGUAUAGACCAAAGACAGAGAAGCCCGUCUACAAAUCGAGAACUAAGCUCACUUCAAAACCUUUGGCAGUCUCUGUGAUAUACGACUUUCCAGAACAGUAUUACAACGCAAAACCGCAAGUGACAUCAGAAAAUCCCUAUGUAAUUUAUAGGAUACCAGAGAGUAGAGAGAAGAACGUGGUACAUGACGAUAUUAUAACGUCCACUCAAGUUCCGCUAAGAGCUUACUACUCGGACUCCCAGAACGAUGGCAUACCAGCCACAAAACUACAACCGGUGUACAGGCAAAAGCCGAACCAGAACGCCGUUGCGUCCUUCUACUUCUACGACGAGCAACCGAAAGCUUCGCCUACUUCGGAAACAUAUUUCGACGGGCGUCACUAUUACAAGACUGUGCCGGCUAAUCCAGCACCACAGCAACAGAGCGUCGCUCCUCAGAACGGCUACAAUCCGGCGGUGGACGUCUCUUAUGGCGCCAUCGACGACUCCGACAGCCUAUUCUUGUGGCCACAAAAGCAGGGCCCCAGGACACUGACACAGGAGUACUUCAGCAUAACGAAGCCGCGCCCGCAGCCUGUUUACGUGCAGCAACCCAAAGAGAAUCCGCAGAACUUCUACCAGCAAAUAUCCGACAUCAGGCAGACGAUAGACUUUUUCACUACGAAGAGGCCCAAAGCGCAAGCGCAACGCAACACAAACAAACAGAAGCAUGUCACCGCGCGACCGGUGUACCAGUUCAACUAUCAGUCCAAGCCGAGACCCGAACAGUUGACCUUCCGCGCGCCGAAGCUUGACCCCGAACCGUUCAGGCCGAUGGUUAGCUACAGCAAGCCUUUCAACGUCGAAAACGAAUUCAACGCUAUCACACCAUCGGUAGCGCCGGCUUAUCACCAGCAGUACUACGUUGAGAACACGCAAGUGACUACGGAGACGCCAACGUCCAGCAGAUACUACCCGAAGACUAGGACGAGGGACGAGGACUACGAAGACGCGCUGGCUAGCAGGGACGCCAACCAGAACAGAAACCACAUACCGGUGCAGACGGGCAAGCCGCCGGCGGCCGCGCACCAGCCGGUCAGGUACCAGAGCACCACGCCGAACCCGAUAAGCAACGGUUACUACACGAAACAGGACGAGAGCUACUUCGACGACAUCACAAGGAACUCGUUCGACAUCUUUGGUCAGAAAGUCGAGGACGGCACGCGCGACGUAAACGGUUUGGCGGUGACGCCGCCACUGGACGCCGUCCGCACGCCGGUGGACAACGACAUAAACCUGCAAUACGCUUACGAGAUCGUGCAGUCGCCUAGGCCGACGAUCCAGCCGUCGCUGGAAGGUGACACGCUCGUGAACCACCGCCAGCCGCGACCCGAGAUCAACCCAAACAGCGAGCCCGUCCCCGGCAACCCUAGCGCACAACUGGUGCGACCUUCGAAUCCCCCAUCGCUGCUGCACGACACGCUGGUCAACGACCGCUACCCGCGGCCGCCGUUGAACCCGGACAGCGAGUUCGUGCCCAUCGCCGACCCUGGCUUCAGCAAGGCGGCCCGGUACGGCACCGAGCUGGACGACCUGAACGCACCGCCGCCAAGCCUCAGUGGCGACACGGACGUCAACUACAAGCGCCCCCUGCCUACUGAGGAGCCCGACGCGGAGUGGAUACCGCAGGGGGGCGGCGGGGGGAGGCGGGGGGCGUUCGUCUCCUACCGGCUGCCCGGCGAGGGCGCGCACGUCUACUUCCUCACGCCGCAGGCUUCGGCGCCCCCAAACGACGGGACCAGGUCAAGAGGGUACGGACGG